CUAGAAGCAGUUCUUUCUUAACACUGUCCAACAAGCUCUACACUCUUCUUCCCACAUUUCUGGUCUCUGCUCCAGAAAUGGCUUCCAAUUCCAUUCUUCUUCUAGCCAUUGUUCUCGUGGUUACCUCUAAGGUUUUUUCUCAUGAAGAAGAUCUCAAGACAGUGGUACCAACUCCUUCCCCACCGGGGCCAGUGACCACACCAAGUCCAGCUACACCUCCUGUUAAGGUACCCCCUCCUCAGUCCCCAACAGUGAAGCCACCAGCUCCAACACCACCGCAAGUGAAGCCACCAGCUCCAACACCACCACAAGUGAAGCCACCAGCUCCAACACCACCACAAGUGAAACCACCAGCUCCAACACCCCCACUAGUGAAGCCACCAACACCAGCACCCCCAGUGGUUUACCCUCCUCCUCCAUCACCAAUAGUGAAGUCAAUUAAGGAUUGCCUUCCACUGUGUGAUGGUAGGUGCCAAUUGCACUCAAGGAAGAAGCUGUGCAUGAGGGCAUGCUUGACCUGUUGUUACCGUUGCAAAUGUGUUCCUCCUGGAACUUACGGCAACAGAGAAAAGUGUGGCAAAUGCUACACUGAUAUGUUGACUCAUGGCAACAAAUACAAGUGCCCAUAGAACCCUCUACCUAUUUAGUAGCACCUAAGUUUUUUUCCUUUUCUUUCAAGUUAUCAAGUUUGAAUGCAUGAGUAUGUGGUUUGAUCAAGUUGCUGGUGUACUUAAUAACCGAGUGAUGAUCAUCAUAAAUUAUACAAGUGUUGAUCAUUGGUUCAACACUAUUUUGUGUUGUCUAUAGGAUCCAUGCGGUCCAUGAAAUAUCAUAUGAUUAAUAUGAGGAAGUAUUUUGGUGUACCCAUUUGAGAAUUAUAAUAACCUCUUGCUAUGA